AUGAGCUGCUUCCCGUGUUUUUCCUCGCAUGAAAAGAAAUCAGCUAAGAGGAGCACCAACACCAGGAACGGGGACUUGCCUCCUGCUGCAGCUGCAGUUACAGCUCCUAUUAAACAACCCGUUAGACCACCGCAGCCGGUGAAUCCUAAGCCACAGAGCAUAGCUGAAACUACAGAUACAAAUGAUGCCCCUGCUGAUGGAAAGAAUAUUGGGUCGCAAAUUUUCACUUUCCGAGAGCUGGCCUCAGCAACCAAGAAUUUCCGGCAGGAAUGUCUAGUGGGGGAAGGUGGAUUUGGAAGAGUUUAUAGAGGCCAACUCGAGCAAACUGGCCAGAUUGUAGCUGUGAAGCAACUUGACAGGAAUGGAUUGCAAGGAAACAAAGAGUUUCUUGUGGAGGUUUUGAUGUUGAGCCUCCUGCACCAUGAAAAUCUGGUAAAUCUUAUAGGAUAUUGUGCUGAUGGAGAGCAAAGACUUCUGGUAUAUGAGUACAUGCAAUACGGAUCUUUGGAAGACCAUCUACUUGAUGUUCCACCAGAUCAAAAGCCAUUAGAUUGGUUCACCAGAAUGAAGGUAGCACUAGGUGCUGCCAAAGGUUUGGAAUAUCUUCAUGACAAGGCCAACCCCCCUGUCAUUUAUCGCGAUUUGAAGUCCUCCAACAUCUUGCUGGACAAAGAUUUCAAUGCAAAACUCUCUGAUUUCGGGCUAGCAAAGCUCGGAACUGGUGAUGACAAGAUCCAUGUAUCUUCAAGGGUAAUGGGAACAUAUGGUUAUUGUGCCCCAGAAUAUCAACGAACAGGUCAACUGACUCUAAAGUCUGAUAUAUACAGUUUUGGAGUUGUUUUACUAGAGUUGAUCACUGGAAGGAGAGUGAUUGAUCCCACAAAGCCAGCCAAGGAGCAAAAUCUAAUCAACUGGGCAGAACCAAUAUUUAAGGACCCAAGUUCAUUCCCACAACUUGCUGAUCCACAUCUUCAAGGAAACUACCCGAGGAGAGGACUGAACCAAGCAGUUGGGAUUGCAGCGAUGUGUCUCCAGGAGGAACCAGCAGUCCGUCCCUUGAUCAGCGAUGUGGUUUCUGUUCUCAGUUUCCUUUCCGUGGCUCCAGAGACAGGCGUUCCUCUACCUCUGCCCACUCCCCCGACUGAUAACACGACGAGCACAAAUGAAAAUGAUCGGGAAGAUAUCAGAAGGGAACGUGAACGAGAAGUAGCGGAAGCCAUGGAGUGGGGAACAAAUUCAAGGAACCACAUGAGACCACAGGGCGGAAGUGAUUCUACAAUGUAA